AUGGACCCAGCAAGACCGGGGACAGGGACUACGGGACCAGGACCAGGGACGAAGUCGACAACACCAGCCAAGAACGACCGAAGGCCGAGGAGGAAGCAACGACUGGAGAUGGUGCUGAUUAAUCCAGGUGAGUCCAAGUCUUCUGGUGACGUUCGGAGGGCUUUGCGCUCGGGACUUCAUCCAGAGGAGUUGGGUUUAGGGGUUAAGGCUGUGAGGUCUGCCAGAAAAGGUGGUCUUCUUAUUGAGUUCGAGGGAUCUGUUAAAGAUCGCUCGGCACUCGGUAAUAAGAUCACUGAGGUAGCCGGAGAAGACGUGGAGGUGCGCCAUCUUGCCCCUACCGCUACGUUGGUAAUAGACGGGAUGGACUUCGCUACGACGGUCGAAGAGGUUAAGGCAGCCCUGGCGGAAGCUAUCGGUGAGACUGCGGAUGGACUCAACGUGUCCAUCACGAAACCCAAUAAAUGGGGAUCCGUCCGCGCUUUCAUCGAGGCUGGAAUUGGGGCUGCUGCGGCUUUGGAGACUUUGGGAGAGGUCAAGGUCGGCUGGUUGCCGGCUCGUGCAGGGCAGGGGAGGACCGGAGCGGUUGCUGCUGGCGGUGUGGUGAGGUGGAUCACAAGUCAAAUACCUGUACCAAGCCUCUGCGCUGCCAUCUCUGUGAAGCGGUGGGAAGCAGGCAAGCCUUUGAUCACGUGGCGGGUUCUGGACGGUGUACGACCUAUCGGGAGGUACUCCAAAAGAAAAAUGGCUAAGAAGCUGCAGGUGAAUCUACAUCGGUGCAAACUGGUCCUUGAUCUGCUUUACGCUAGAAAUCGUGACAACGGGAUGGAUAUUGUUCUGGUAUCAGAGCAAUACCAUUCUGUUUCUGGGCCAAAUUGUGGAGCGAGAGACGGCAUUGUAUGGGUUGAGACACCAGCAGUUACCUUUGUGUCGUGUUAUUUCACCUUCAGCGAGCCUAGUGCGGAUUUCCGAAAGAAGGUUGACAAUCUCGAGCGAGUAGUCCGCCAUCUUGAUGGAGAGAUAGUGAUAGGUGGUAACUUUAACGCAAAGGGUAAAAUACACUUACGUAUGCCAGGACUUGGUGUUGGUGCCAGGGCUAGGUGUUGGUGCCUGGGUAUGUCGGACUCAGAAGUCAAUGUUAUUUUGCAACAAUACCGACUAAACAUCCUCCUCUCUCCUUUCCCCAUAGAUGUUACAGGGAAGACUAUCGGGACCGCGUUAGCAUUACUUCGAUCCAGUCCAUGUUGUGUCUCACGACACCUACUUCUUGUUACUACUGGUUUCUAA